AUGCGAAGCUCUGCACUCAUCAUGCUAGAGAAACCUACUGAAGAUGGUCAUGAUCUCCGUCUUCCUAUCCUUUCAACGGACGUCCUAAUUCAAAUUCAAAGCUUUCUGGACCCAAAGGACAUUCUUUCCCUGCGCAAGACAUCCAGAGUGUUAUAUGCAACUUCAAAGAUACGCAUAGUAUGGAUCAACGCAUUGCAACGAGUAUGUUAUACGGAUGGGAUCAGCCUGUCUACUUUUCAUCCCAUUGAGAAUCUAUCCCCAAUCGAGCUUGAGAACGCUGCAUUCUCCCCCUUUCGAUUUGUCAACCGGCUGGAUGCCAGUAUUACAGCUGGCGAAAAUAUAAGACCUUUGACGACUCGUGUUCUUGUGCCCGAUUUAUUGCCACUCACUCCGACGGAAAGCAUGGACAUCCCGUUCGAUUGCUAUUCGAUUUUCCUCGUUCCGGGGGGUCGCUUCAUGUUGGCUGAUACGGCUGACCAUGGAUUGUGCCUUUGGGACCUUGGGAUUCAUCCAGGAUCGCCAAUAAAUCAAUCUCCUUUGGCCGUGCUUCACAAAGCAAGCGGGGAGUUGACCAGGUUCACCUCUCCCACACCUGACGCUCACGGAGUUUAUAUAUGCAUAGCGGGAGAGACGUAA